AUGAAUCAACCAAUCGAUCGAUCAUUCGCAGUGGCGGACGUGGUGCUGUGGCGGCGAGGCCGGGCGGACCUGACCGCGCUGCUGCUAGCGGCCACCGUCGCCUCCUGGAUCCUCUUCAACCGCGCCUCCGGAUACACGGCCGUCUCACUGGCUGCCGACGUGCUGCUCCUCCUGCUGGUGGUGCUCUACGCAUGGUCCAGGGCCGCGCGCCUCCUCGGCCGCCCCGCCCCGUCCAUCCCCGACCUGCAGCCGGCGGCCGACGAGCUCGUCGCGCUGGUCCGCUCCGGCCUCGCCCGCCUCGCCUCCGCCUUCCGCCGCGUCGCGCAGGGCCAACCCGGCUCCGGGCGCGUCUUCGCCUGCCUCGCCGCUGCCGCCCUGCCCGGCGGCCUCGCGCGCGACCUCCCCACCCUUUUCAUAGCAGGAACUGGAAUCUGUGUGUUCGGGCGGUUUGCUCUAUCCCUCUCGUAACAAGUGGGGUUUGGAUGGGUUCCAAUGGGCUAAUAGGGGGGUUAGCCCACUUAAUAUUCUGCCCGUCCAGUGGGAAUCCACUAAUGCAAUUUAAGUGGGAUGGGAUUCUUAAUCCCACUUAUUCCCACCCCACCUGCAAUGUGACUUCUACUCCCUCCGUUCGAAAUUACUUGUCGCGAAAAUGGAUGUAUCUAGACGUAUUUUAGUUCUAGAUACAUUCAUUUUCGAGAUAAGUAAUUCCGAACGGAGGGAAUAGUAUAUAGAAACAGGGUGCAAAAGGAAAACGCGGUAUACAGUUUCUUUUUGAAUAGUUUGGAUUGCCUACCACAGGUGGUCCACAGUUUUUACGAGGAACAUAGUUUGGGUCUACUUCUACGGGCAGAUAAGA